ACAAAAGGUUGGCGGAAGUGAUGACGCAACUUCCUCCGGGGAAUGCGAAGAUGGCGGCUUCCGCCAAGAGGAAGCAUGUGAGAAGGCUUGUCGCCCCUUUAGGCUACACGGCUAUACCAGUAAAGUUUUCUGAAAAGCAUCAGUCACCUCACUACCUCUAUGUGAAGGAACACAAAGUCAGAGAUGACAAAAAUCAUAGCAGGCCUCAAAACUGUACUCUUUUUGUCCUUAAUGUCCCUCCAUACUGCACAGAGGAAUGCUUGUCAAGACUUUUCUCUACCUUCUGCUCAGUACAGUCUGUUGAGAUGUGUGAGAAACCAACACUGGGAGAAAAAACAGAAGGCUCCAGGACCAAGUUCUUCAAAGCUAAGAUGCCCUUGGGGUUCCAUGUUGCUUACAUCGUUUUCAAGAAUCCUGCUGGAGUACAGGCUGCCAAAUCCUUUUCAACAGAAGAGCCCUUAGUAAUAUCAUCCAAGGAGCAUCCUGUGCAAACUGGCAUUCAAAAAUGGAUUACCCAGUAUGCAGCUUCAGUUGUAGAUCCUGCUGAGCUGAAGACAGAGGUGGAUGUUUUUAUGCAAGCCUACGACGAAAAGGUUGCAAAGGAAGAAGCAAAAGCUCAGGAAGAAGAUGGCAUUCCAGAUGAGGAAGGUUGGGUAAAGGUGACAAGGAAAGGUCGGAGGCCUGGAUUACCACGGACAGAGGCAGCCAGCUUGCGGGCACUGGAAAGGGAGAAGCGCAAGCGAGCACACAAGGAGCUCCUCAAUUUCUAUGCCUGGCAGCAUCGUGAGACCAAGAGGGAACACAUAGCCCAGCUGAGGAAGAAAUUUGAAGAGGAUAAACAGAAAAUUGCACUUAUGAGAGCACAGCGGAAAUUUCGGCCUUAUUGAGUUGCAGAAAGUUAGUCAUUUGCAAAAGAAUUGUGGUUGCAGUAAGCAGCGCACAGACAGGGGUUUGUGUGGCAUUUUCAGGAAGCACAAACUAAUCCCUGCUCUUUUCCUCUUCAAUACCAUUUUCAUUAUGAGUGAAACAAAUGGAUAUGAGUUUUUUUAAAACAGAGUCAUUUUGUUUGCCAAGUAUGCUAGAAGCUCACAAAUGGGUUUCCCUGUACUUGAAUACUAUGUGAACUACAUUAAGAGUUUCCCAGAACAUUCCUGAUUUCACCCAAUGUCUUCCUGUCCACAUUGGGUGAUGUCUUCUGAGGCACUCCUUCAGAGCGACCUUCAGUUGUAAAUAAAGGUUUCUAUGUGCUAUGGAA